AAGUAUGCGGUGUCUACUAACUAGUACAGCCUCCGGUGAGUCAUAAUCCGACGUGGUGCCGCCUGAUUUGCGGACGCGUCCUUGUCGAUGCGUUGGCCUGUCUGAGCGCGUAGAGCAGGCGGCACAGUAGAUAUUUAAAUGUGCUUCCUGCCCUCGCUGUUUUCGCUGGCUUUCUUACUUCCUUUUUAUUCUCGUAUGCAGCUGUGAGGGGUUUCUGGACGAUAUUUGCCUGGGAGCGCUUUUUUUAAAAACUGAAGCAGCGGAAGUUAAAUAUUAGUAUUGUUUGAUUUUCGUUCGCCAGGAUGCCAUCGUGGGGGUCAGGUCGUUUUGUCUUUCGUGUCGAGAGCGACCACUCCAGGACUCGGAUGAUCGAAGGUGUGGGGAUCCGGUCCGAGGGAGAUCAAUGGGUCCCAUUUGAACCCCGGGACAGGAGGGAAAGGUCACACUUGCAGGGUGAAGUGUUGCCACACCUCGACUGGGGGAACCGGGAGCCGAGUGCAUUUAUUUCCAGUUCAAGUGACCGAGAAUGGGCGUUUCGUGACGCCAAGAGACGCCAACGUGCUGGGGAGAGGAAUGUCAGGGUGCUCAUGAUUUAUGCUCCCCGUCUGGGGACGUUUAGAUCCCGAGAGGGGCACUGGGUGACCGUCAUGAAGUUGGAUACAUGGCUCGAUGUGGUCAAGACUGAUCUUCCUUGGUAUGCCGACUUUCCGUGCUCGGAGAAUGAAUAUCUGUUUCUUCAUCAAAUUCCAGAAGAUUUGAUUGUCAAAACUUGGUGGCUGUGAUGUUUGGUGGUCGGGAAUUUAGAUGAGAAAUGGUGCGAGGCGGG